AUGGUAUUCCUGCAACGUACCACUAACAACGGAAGCACCAACUACAACAACGUCAACAACAGAAACAUUAACCACGGCAUAAGCACCCACAACUACAACACAAGCACAAGCACUUACAACAGAAGCUCCAUCAACUACCACAAAAACACCAACAACUACAACAAAAGCUCCAUCAGUUACAACAGAAGCACCAACAACCACCGCAAAAGCGCUAAAAAGUGCAACAGAAGCACCAACAACUACCACAAAAGCACAAACAACCACAACAGCAGCACCAACAACUACCACAGAAGUACAAACAACCACAACAGAAGGACCAACAACUACAACGGAAGCACCAGCAAUCACCAAAGAAGCAUCAACAACUACCACAGAAGCACCAACAACUACAACAGAAGCACCAACAACUACUACAGAAGCACCAAUAACUACACAGAAGCGCCAAAAACUACAACAGAAGCACCAACAACAACAACAGAAGCACCAACAACCCCCACAGAAAGACCAACAACUACAACAGAACCACCAACAACUACCACAGAAGCACCAAGAACCACUACAGAAACACCAGCAUCUACAACACAAGAACUAACAAUUACAACAGAGGCAACAACAAAAACCACAGAUGUAAUAUCAACUAGAACAGAAGCACAAACAAUCAGCACAGAAGCACCCAAAACCACCACAGAGGUACCAACAACUACCACAAAAGCACCAACAAAAACUACAGAAACACCAACAUCUACAACACAAGAACCAACAACUACAACAGAAGCCCCAACAACUACAACAGAAGCACCAACAAGAGGACCAACAAAUACCAUAGAAGCACCAACUACCACCACAAAAGCGCCAACAACAACAUAAACAACAACAGAACCACCAACAACUACCACAGAAUCACCAACAACAACCACAGAAGCACCAACAACUGCAACAGAAGCACCAACGACUAUCACAGAAGCAAAGACCUCAAACACGGAAGCAUUAACAGUCAUAGCAGAACCACCAACAACCACUACAAAACCAACAAAAAUUACAACGGAAGCAACAACAACUAAUACAGAUGCACCAAAAACCACCACAAAAGCACCAAUAACAACAACAAAUGCGCAAACAACUACCACAGAAGCACCAACAACCACAACAGUGGAGCCAACAACUACAACAGAAGGAUUAACAACUACAACAGAACCACCAACAACUACAACAGAAACAACAACAACUACAACAGAAGCACCAACAACUACCACAGAAGCACCAACAACUACAGCUAAAACAUCAACAACCACCACACAAGCACCAACAACUACCACAUCAGCACCAACAACUACAGCUAAAGCAUGAACAACCA